AUGGAGGGGGGCCACUGGGGCUCGCUCGACCUCCCGCACGGCCUGCCUUUGAUGCCGCCCGCCUGCGAACUGCCCACGCGGCCUCUGGAAGCCGUCGUCCACGAGUGGGGCGGCUCGGCAGUGCCAUGGGCGCGAGUGCUGUGCACGGGCGGCUCGGCCUUGGCCAACGCCUCGGAGGCGCUGCGGCAAUGCGGCUGGGCGGUCGUCAUGAUCAAGGAGCAGGCGCGGCCAGGGCGCGCGAUCUUCGGCGCGCUGCCUGGGCCUCGGCAGACAGCGGGACGACCUGAACGGCACGCAGGCCUGCAGGCAGUGCGCGCCAGUCCCUCGGUGGAGCUGAUCGCCACGGACCUGCAGGGAUUCGCCAUGGAGGGCGACAGCUGGCGCCCAGAGCUGGCGGGCCCGACGGGGCGGCACGCCAAGCUGCGGCGAAAUCUCCGCAAUGCUGUCGGAGACAAGACCCCGCCCAGGUUCCGGCGGCUGCCUGCCCACGAGGCGGUGGAGGCCGUCCUCGAUGACAGCUCCCUUGACCCCAUGCACUGGGUCGGAAACAGGUGGGCCGACUGGUUCGCCAAGCUGGGGGUCCAGGACUCCCUCCUCCCUGCAGGCUUCGCACGCGCCCUCGAGGUCAGGAUGCACGAGGCCGCGGCCAGAAGUCAAGCUUUCGACCACGUCUGCGUCCCCGACGAGCAGGGCGUCCGCUGCGUGCGGUGCAACGCCAGCGCCCGCACCGAGCACAGCAAGCGCUGGCUGGACUGCCAGCCCCGCAGGGCCACACCCCUGGCCCAGCUGCAGGCUGUGGCAGCGGCCAGCCCCCCUGCUCCUGAGCGGGGACCUGCAGAAGGGGCCACCAGUGUCGACCUGGAGAUGGGGAGUGCUGGAGGGCAGCCGCAGGAGCAGGACCAGGCUCCGGACUCCAGCUUGCGCUCGAAGGUGGCCUACCUCCUACAG